CUUCUUCCUGGAGGAGGAGGCCGGAAAUUGGACUUGGGCUGUGGGGCUACGGCGUUACCAGUGUAAACCCAGAGCUAGGUUCCUGAUCUUUCACAAUGGGUGAACCACAGCAAGUGAGUGCACUUCCACCUCCUCCGAUGCAAUACAUUAAGGAAUAUACAGAUGAAAAUAUUCAGGAAGGCCUAGCUCCCAAGCCUCCACCUCCAAUAAAAGACAGUUAUAUGAUGUUUGGCAACCAGUUCCAAUGUGAUGAUCUGAUUAUCCGCCCUUUGGAAAGUCAGGGCAUUGAACGGCUUCAUCCUAUGCAGUUUGAUCACAAGAAAGAACUGAGAAAACUCAAUAUGUCUAUCCUCAUUAAUUUCUUAGACCUCUUAGAUAUUUUGAUAAGGAGCCCUGGGAGUAUAAAACGAGAAGAGAAGCUAGAAGAUCUUAAGCUGCUUUUUGUACAUGUGCAUCAUCUUAUAAACGAAUACCGACCCCACCAAGCCAGAGAGACAUUGAGAGUCAUGAUGGAGGUGCAGAAACGUCAACGCCUUGAAACAGCUGAGAGGUUUCAGAAGCAUCUGGAACGAGUCAUUGAGAUGAUUCAGAGUUGCUUGGCUUCUUUGCCUGAUGAUUUGCCUCAUUCAGAAGCAGGAAUGAGAAUAAAAACUGAACCAAUGGAUGCUGAUGAUAACAGCAAUUGCACUGGACAGAAUCAGCAACAAAGAGAAAAUUCUAGUCAUAUGAGAGACCAGAUUAUAGAGAAAGAUGCUGCCUUGUGUGUCCUAAUUGAUGAAAUGAAUGAAAGACCAUGAUGGUUGUUGCUUUUUUUUCCUUGCUUUGCUUUUCUCCUUUCAGUAAAUAAUAUCAUACGUUAGUUUAUUUUUUCAUAGACAGUCUUAAAAGAGGUAUAACUAAAAGUCAUGAAAAUGGCUUUUAUCUUGACUCUCCAACUUUGUCAGUUGUGAGAUGUCACAGGCAGUAAUUUCACUUUAUAGCAAUUGUAGGCAAAUGAGCACCCCUACAUUAAGAGUAAUCACCUUAAAAAGCAAAAUAUUUGUGUUAUUGUGUGGGUCAUUGCUAUUUUUGAAAUUGCAGUAAAACUUUAAGAUAUCCUCAAUAAAAGCAAGCUAUCAUCCUUGAAAAGUAGAUUUAUCAUUUGCUUUAAAUAAUAAAUAAGGGAUAUCGAGCUGUGUAAAUGUUAAUUAUGAAAUCUUUAGACUUAUUUCACUUAAAAAUUUGCUUAACAUCUCUAAAAAGUAGUAUAACACGUUACAAGAGAAGAACCCAGUAAAGCUGAUAAAGCGGCACCUUUAUUUUCCCUUACGACUGCUCCUGUAAACCUGCUAUCUCAGCCUUUUCUCUUCAUCCUGGAUGGAAUCUUAGGUGGGUCCCAUAACUUUGUUUUCCCUGGUCGUUCACUGGCGUCAUUUCUGGCUGCAACACUCAUUUCAGCAGUUAAAAUAUCUGUGUGAUUAGCUGCACAUUUCUUUUAAAGCUUGGCUCAUAUUUCCUUAAGGCUGGAUGCCUGCAAGGGAAAGGAGCUGGGUAGGGUAGCAAAGACUGCUAGAUGUCCACUAAAGAUUCUUGCUUCCCUGAGAUGUUAUUCAGCAAUGGCUGCCCAGCCAGGAACUUUUUUGUUUCCCAGACCCCCCUCCCUUGUAUCUUCGUGAAGCCAUGUGACUAAGUUUUGGGCAGUGGAAUAUGGGUGUAGGAAUACUGGCCUGCCCCAUAAAAUAUUUUUGCAUGAUCUUCCAUUCACUUCUCCUGUAUCUUGGCUUGGCAGCAUGUCCAAGCAGGCAUGCUUGACCUUGGAAGCCACUUGAAUUUAGCAAAGAUUCAGUCAGCUUGGGUCUUGAAUAACGGUGAGGACUAGGCCUUCCCUUCUUUAACCCCUGUCCUCUCCUUAUCCUCUGCACCCUCACCCUCCAAGCCUUAUGUGAGCAAGGAAUAAACUUGUUUUGAACACUGA